AUGGCUGAUGCAGAAUUGAGACUAUUGAAUGGAGCUGAAUUCAAGCUCGCACUAGCCAAAAGCUCAGAAUCUUUCCAAUCGUUGAUUUCUGUGUAUUUGCCUCCCAUCCUUUUGAAGCUCGAUUCACCUUGCGAACCCGUUAGAAAUAAGACUAUAACAAUUGCGAAUCAUGUUAUGACACGAAUUACAAGUGAAACGAAUUUACAAUUACCUAUGCUUGCUCUUGUCAAACAGUAUAUUGAUGCAACUCAACCGCUACGGAAACGUUUUCUGGUGGCUUUUAUCACCAUAGGAAAAACCAGACUACCUUCUUCCCCUGAUGUUGAAUUAUUGCAAGUUUGCUUAAGUCAUGUGAAUAAACAUCCGAUUGUUUUAUUAAGCUUAACGAUUCGCCUUUUAGAAAUGAUACAUCCUAUUCCAUCAAUUACAUGUACCAAAGAAGUUUGCUUUAUACUUUCUUGCUUUUUUUUAAUUCAAUCUUCUCAGACUGUUUUUACCGAGUUACAACAUAACCAAAAAACAGUAGAGUACCGGAGAGGAGUUUUGAGCUGGUUCGAAAAAUCCGAAUGGCCAAAAACAUGGAAUUGGCUUGCCUAUUUCUUCGCUUCUUCCGAUUCACACAAAGAAGUUGCUCAGCUAGCUGAUGAUUUGGUACGCAAUACAAAUGGAGCCCCGGACGUUGAAAAUACAAAUCACGUUAAAAUACUGUUAGACAUUGUGUUAGAUGAGUUUUACGUUGACGACCUACGUUUAAGAUUUUCUAUUCCCGUUUCCUUAAGGAAUAAAGCCUUGCAGUAUCUCUUACGUAGCAAUAUGGUCUGCACAAAUCCAAAUUCAUUGAAUUGCAUCAAACUUAUCCUUGAAGCACCACCUACUUUGCAGUCCAGAUUAAUUCAAUUCACACGAUGGAUAUCAGCUAAUGCAGAUCCAAAUUUUCUAAAACCGAGAGCUGCUGGUAUUUUGGAAGAUAUCUUUAAAAUUCUUUCAAAUUCGACAAUUAGUAAUGAACUUUUGCGAGGAUUUUUGUAUACUUCUAUUGGAUUGUUAGCAAAGUCGAAUUCCGAAUUAGUUUCUACUUCAUUACUCUCUACUCUACUGUCUGCAUUGCAAGUCGAAUCCCCGGAUGUACGUGUAGCUAUAGAUGAGUCAUUAUCAAUAAUUCUUCCAUUUUUUAAGAACUAUCAUUCUCCUUACGAGCUGUUGCCUAUUAUCGAAAAAUAUAUGGUUACUACACCGAACUCACCUGCCGCCUCGUCUUCUCUUCGCUAUCUUUUAGUUGCAUUCCCAUUUCAGUUCCUUCCUUCGAGGUUUUUAUGUUUAAAAAUUCAAGAUCCUACUGUUUUUCCUUCUUUACUAUCCGAGGAAGCAAAAAAGGGCCUUUUCUUAUCUAGGUGGCUCCUACAUAAUAACGUUUAUUUUGACUUUGCCAAAGUAAGGGAUUCUUCAACACCGUCCGCUGUCUACCCUAAUCCAGAUGAUGCUAUUUUACAUCUUAUUGCCGAAUACAAUCCAGAAGCGUUAUGGAAAAGUUUUAGCGUUGAGGUUUGUUCAUCAAUGCUUGGUUUCGUCAAAAGGUGUAUGGCUUACCAUAUAACCAAAGAUCUUGAGAUAUGUGAUGAUAAUGAUUUAUUUGACUCUCUACUAAAAUCAGAUCUUAAUUUAAGAAGAGAGUUUGCUCAGCUACUUUCGUCUGUUAAAUACUUGCAACCCUUUUUCCGGUUUCUCUUUGAAGGCGUGCUAUUACAUUGUCAGGAAGCUACCUAUACAUUUAACCAACUUUUAUCUCUCACUUCACCUGACAUCGUAGUGGAGUUCUCGGAAGAAGACCUUAUGAAGCAAACAUUGGUUGCUCCGGCCCAGUUAAGAGAUACAAUGUCUCGAAGCUUAGGGCUGCUUUUAAGUAUGAAGGAUUACGACGUUGUUUUCCAGCACCUUGGAACAUUAUUACACAUGAUAAAGAUAUCGAAUACUCGAAAUGAUAGCUUUUCAAAAAAUAUAACAGCUCUUUUUAUCAUCGGCUAUACCGUUUCAUUUUCGGUGUUUAGAAAUGGCAGCGAAAUUUUAAGCUCAGAGAACGCUUCUAUACUGGGAGAAUUCUUCAGUUUCCUUUAUAGGUACCUUCAAUCUGACGCAACGGUUGAAAAGAGAACUGCAUUAUCUGUUUACCAAGUUAUAUUUUUGAAUAUAAGCGUUCAAGAUUUAGCCAAACAAUAUGUUCAUUUAGAGUCUGUCAUUGAGACUAUUGUGGCUGUCGCAAAACCCGAAAAGGAUGCAGGCUUGCGCAUUCAGGCGAUGAUUACUUUAUCCCACAUUCCACUUUCUCUGAAUGAACCUUUCGAUCCUGAUUUAAUUGAAACGAUCCUUAGUACUAUAUAUCUGAGUUAUCAUGAUGAUUCACCUGAUAUACUGUUCGCAAGUGCAGAAUCAAUGGCUAAUUUUGCAGGUGGUAUGUGCUGCACAUUUACAAGUACAAAAUUGCCUUUCCAAAAUACUGAAAUUGUAAAUACCUCCUCUCAGUUAUAUGCAAUGGUUCUCUCAAAAAUUCUUGGUGAAUGGUCGAAAUCUUCAAGACCACUACUUCGCAAGGCCUCAUCUCUGUGGUUAUAUUAUAUAGUAAAGUUCUGUAAAUGUCAGGAGUAUACCCACGAGCGUUUCAACGACAUAUAUCAUACUUUUUUAACUUUUUUGGUUGACCUGGAUGACUUCAUUCAAGACACAGCUUCAAAAGGCUUGAAAGCAGUGUAUGAUCUUCUGGAUGAGGAGAAAAAGAAAGGAUUUACGACUAACCUCAUCAGCACCAUUACCGCUGACAGAGUAGAUCCAAAUACCAAGGCCCCUCUGGAUGCUGAUACUGCCUUAUUCACCACGAAUCAAGGCUCCGUAACCACUUACAAAGAUAUAUGUUCAUUGGCCUCUGAAAGUGGAAAUCCAGAUUUGGUUUACUCUUUUCUCAGUAUUGCAAAUACGAAUUCUGUUUGGCAGAGCCGUAAGGGAUUGGCAACAGGACUGGGCUAUAUGAAUAUUAGUAAUGAUGAAAAACGGAAGCUCUUUGCAUUUAAUUCACCCACGGGAUCUCACUUGCUGACAAAACUCUAUUUGUACCGACAUGAUCCAAAUGUAUCCGUCGCUAAGACAAUGACAGAAAUUUGGAACUCUUUAGUACCUUCUGAUCUUGACUUAAGACCGCAACGUCAGUAUCUUGUUUCUUCUUCUGUGGAGAGUAUGAGUGAUUAUUCUUGGAGAGUUCGUGAGUCUGGCGUUAAUUCACUUGUUGAUCUGUUGAGUAACGUACCUGUUUUGGAAUACAUUGAUCAACUUGAAGAAAUUUGGAGAAUGGCGUACAGGACUUUGGAUGAUAUCAAAGAAAGCGUUAGAACAGCUUCGUUCCCAUUGUGUAAACUGUUGGCAAGAGCCGUCAUCCAAACAGUUGAAAAUACUUCCCUAAAUACAACCGAUACGGGAUUCAAUAGAUGUCGUACGAUAAUGUCUAUAGCUGUCCCUUUCUUAUUGAAAUGUUGCCACGAAGAUGCAAAAGAGAUUCAGUCAUUUUCAUACUCAACCAUAACUGAGUUGGUGAAGUUUACAAAUAUGGCUUUAAGUCCGUUUGUUCCUUCAAUUAUUGAGAUAAUGCUGGAGUACUUGACCAAGUACGAGUCGAACGCAGCGUCCUUUUUAGAGUUUCAUGCCUCUACUUAUAAGGUGAAAGCUGAAGAGUUAGAUUCUGCUCGAGUGUCAGCGGUACAAAGCUCUUCAAUGAUGUCGAAUAUUGAGAAGUGUCUUUCUAUUUUAAAUGAAGAAUCGAUGAAAGACUUAGUCCCCAUAUUGCAUAGAAUGAUAAGCCGUACUACCGGUGUCCCAACCAAGAUAGGUAGUGCACAGAUUUGCAUGUUGCUCGUAAUUAGACGCCAAGAUCUUAUUGCCCCUUAUGCUCCUAAAUUCGACCAAGCUUUAGUAACGUCUUUAUUUAGCAAAAAUGGAGCUGUCAAUACUUCAUUCACUUCAGCAUUGGGCUACGUCUUACGGGUGACUCCUUUAAACCUUGCUGAUGAAGUAUGUCGAGAUAUCUUGAGCAAGUUCUAUGAAGGGGACGAGUUUACUCAAACAGUUUGUGCCAACUUUGUUCGAGCGCUAACAAGAUUUGCCCCAGAUUUAUUGCAAAAUAUUGGUUCAACUCUUUUCCCCUUUAUUUUCUUUGGUAAACAUUCGUCGUUUAGCCAGGUAUCAUCAAUUUUGGAGAAGCUUUGGAAUGAUACAUCGUCAGGUGGAAGUUCCGUUAAUCUUUACAAAGAUGAGAUUCUGAAAAUCAUUAAAGCAAAUUUGGAAGCAACUCAAUGGGAUAUAAGACGACCAUCUUCUGAAGCUUUGUUAAGUUUUGUUCAAAUUAGUCGUCUCAGUAAUUAUGAAGAAAUUUACGCGCUCCUGCUAACUAAAAUGAAGGAGCGAAGCUGGCCCGGGAAAGAAUAUUUACUUGAAAGUUUUGUCCAAUUAGCUAUAAAGUGCCCAGGGUACAUAAAGGCGUCUAAGCUGGAUGAAGUUGUGGAAAUACUGAAACGAGAAGUACUACGAAGAAAUAUAUUCUAUAAAUUGCAGGCGACACGAAUAUUGGGUGACUUUUUAAGUGAUCCUUCUUAUGAAAAUAUGCGAUUUUAUGACUUUUGUAUGGAUGAAUUUGACUCGUUUCUUGAAGAAGCAUGGUUUCAUGAAGAAGACUCUGAGCUAUCUACAGAUGACAAAAUUCUGUUACAAAUGAAUAUCGUGUAUGUUAUGGCUAGCUCCUGUAGAAAAGGUGAUAACAAUCGUCUUGUCGAAAGCUUGGUGAAAACAUUGGAUCAGAAUUAUCUUCAUUGGAAGGUCAAGUUAGAAAUAAUAAAGCAGGCACAGAAAAUGAAGUGCCUUUUGGAGGACCCUAUGGACCUCAAAUUUCUAUACGUGUUGACUCGUUGCUGUGAGGGGAACCCAUCACCGAAAGCUAAAGAUUACGCUGAAAACGUUUUAGGUGCUGAUAAACUGAAACUUUUAAGAGUUUAG